GCCGCCCCCGCCGCCUGGCCACCCCGAGCCUGGCGCUGCCGCCCUUCCGCACUUCGCUCACUCCUUCCUCUGAAUGGGAAGUUGGGGAACAUGGACGGGGUCGUGCUGGCGUGGACCGCGCUCUUCUGGCUGACAGGGUGUUCUGUUCUGUGUGUAUUUUGAGGGGAGUUGCUGCUUUGUCCGUGCCUCCUUUGCUCUGUACCUGGAGAGGCCACCCCCUGCCUAGUGGCAGGCAACAGCCAUGGCUGAUGGCCUUCAAGUCACGGUGCCUGACAAGAAGAAGGUGGCCAUGCUCUUUCAGCCUACUGUGCUUCGCUGCCACUUCUCCACAUCCUCCCAUCAGCCUGCAGUCGUGCAGUGGAAGUUCAAGUCUUACUGCCAAGAUCGCAUGGGAGAAUCCUUGGGCAUGGCCUCUCCCCGAGCCCAGCCUCUCAGCAAAAGAAACCUGGAAUGGGACCCCUACUUGGAUUGUUUAGACAGCAGGAGGACUGUUCGAGUGGUAGCUUCAAAACAGGGCUCAACUGUCACCCUGGGGGAUUUCUACAGGGGCAGAGAGAUCACGAUUGUGCAUGAUGCAGAUCUUCAAAUUGGAAAACUCAUGUGGGGAGACAGCGGACUCUAUUACUGUAUUAUCACUACCCCCGAUGACCUGGAGGGCAAAAAUGAGGACUUGGCGGAACUGCUGGUGUUGGGCAGGACAGGGCUGCUUGCUGAUCUCUUGCCCAGUUUUGCUGUGGAGAUUAUGCCAGAGUGGGUGUUUGUUGGCCUGGUGAUCCUGGGAGUCUUCCUCUUCUUCGUCCUGGUGGGAAUCUGCUGGUGCCAGUGCUGCCCUCACAGCUGCUGUUGCUACAUCCGGUGCCCAUGUUGUCCAGAUUCCUGCUGCUGCCCUCAGGCCUUGUAUGAAGCAGGGAAAGCAGCAAAGGCCGGGUACCCUCCCUCUGUCUCCGGUGUCCCCGGCCCUUACUCCAUCCCCUCUGUCCCCUUGGGAGGAGCCCCCUCAUCUGGCAUGCUGAUGGACAAGCCGCAUCCACCUCCCCUGGCACCAAGUGACUCCACUGGAGGAAGCCACAGUGUUCGCAAAGGUUACCGGAUUCAAGCUGACAAAGAGAGAGACUCCAUGAAGGUCCUGUACUACGUCGAGAAGGAGCUGGCUCAGUUUGAUCCAGCCAGAAGGAUGAGAGGCAGAUAUAACAACACCAUCUCUGAACUCAGCUCUCUGCAUGAGGAAGACAGCAAUUUCCGCCAGGCCUACCACCAGAUGAGAAGCAAGCAGUUCCCUGUGUCCGGGGACUUGGAGAGCAAUCCUGACUACUGGUCGGGUGUCAUGGGAGGCAGCGGUGGGGCAAGCCGGGGACCCUCAGCCAUGGAAUAUAACAAAGAGGAUCGGGAGAGCUUCAGGUACAGCCAGCAGCGCUCCAAGUCCGAGAUGCUGUCCCGGAAGAACUUCGCCGCCGGGGUGCCGGCCGUGUCCAUGGACGAACUGGCCGCCUUCGCCGACUCGUACGGGGCGCGCUCCCGCAGGGCCGACGGCGACAGCCACGAGGCGCGGGGCGGCGGCGGCCGCUUCGAGCGCCCGGAGGCGCGCGCCCUCGGGGGCUUCUUCCAGGACGGCUCGCCCGAGGGCUACUACGGCCGCAGCCGCAGCCGCAGCCGGGAGCCGCUGGGCGACGCGGGCCGCGCCUGGGCCCCCAGCCCCCCGCGCCGGCGGCCCGACGACGCGCCGCUGCCGCGCCUGGUGAGCCGGACGCCGGGCACCGCGCCCAAGUACGAGCACGCGCCCCGCGCCGGCGGCCUGGAGCGCCAGGCCCGGCCCGAGGGCGCCAGCCGCGGCGGCAGCCUCGAGACGCCGUCCCGGCUGAGCGCGCAGCUCGGCCGCCGCAGCGCCUCCUACUACGCCUGGUCGCCGCCCGCCACCUACAAGGCGGCCGCGCCGCAGGACGACGACGACGACGACGACUCCGCCGACGACGACUCCGCCGACGACGCGCUGCCGCCCUACAGCGAGCGCGAGCUGAGCCGGGGCCCGUCCUACCGCGGCCGCGACCUGCCCUAUCACAGCAACUCGGAGAAGAAGCGGAAGAAGGAGCCCAGCAAGAAACCCAGUGACUUUCCAACCAGGAUGUCCCUUGUGGUCUGAUGUUUGUUUUCAAGACAUCUCUCUGGGUGACUAGAAAUCAGAAGUGGACUACCGGGACAAGACACAGAUCCAAGAGCCAGCAGGCCCACCAGGGACCUUCUCUGGCCACCACCUUGGAAGAUUUGCUGAUCUUUGCUUUGGCAAGGGGUGGGGGGCAGCCUUUCAGGGAGGCUGAUUCCAAACCUCAGUGUAUAUCUAACUAGUAUGAGAAACUUAGGAAGAUGACUACGUGUGAGAACAUUCCCACACAUGGAGUGUCUCACUCACUGAGUUCAUCCUGCCUGAUGUUCUUCCUUAGCCGAACCAGGAUUCCUUUUCUAAUUCUGAAAGGGAGUUAGCUCCAGACUGCUAAUCCCUCGAAAAUGCCUCUGCCUACAGUAUGUUCUUCUAUACCUUCUGUGCUGUGCUUAGAGACAGAAGAACUUAAUAGUACUGUUAGAAGAAGGCCUUGUACUGACAACGGAAGAUAGCUUUGGGCAAAAUAUACCUUUUAUCCCCAUUUCCUCCCAGUCACUAGUCAAUGACUAUUGUUACACACAAAUCAGAAGGCCUUUGGUGAGUUCAGUGACAGUGACCUGCUGGACAAUCAGAGAAAUGACUUCAGUUUGCUGUUCUGAAUGACAGUUCUUGAGUGGCUGGAACAAGACAAAAGAGAGUAUACUUUUUUUUUUUUCUUUUUUGAGAGUAUACCUUUUUGAAAAGCUGUAUAAGUGUUAUUUCUUUUUCCAUUCUGAGAACACAAACUGCUGUUUUUCUUUCCUCUGUGCACAGUGACAUAUGAGUCUUGGACAUUAAGGGCUCUCCUCAUCCUUCCUUCCCCUGGAUUUUCCACAGGUUGGUGCCACCCAUGGAGCCCCCCUCCCUCUGCACUCUGAUUCAAUUGUCAUCAGGUGCCUUUUAAUAAAGUUUAAAAUACACAUAUAAAAGCAAAGAGGAAGGGGAAAGAAGGAGAAACAGUAACCUAAAAUAAAGAAUGAUGAAAAAGAAUUGAAGAGAAAAAGAAUAUAUGAUUUCAUUAUGUUCUGAAUGCGGGCCGUGUUCCCCACAAACUCUACUCAGUCUUCUCUGGUUUAGUACUUCAUUUACCAUGAGUUGUUUCUGCCAUUCCAGCUCUGUUAUUCCAGGACACCAGAGAUGUAUGCAGCACGUAUCUCUGCCUCACUAGGCUGCUGCUCUAGAUGCUUUGGGAAAUGAGUGCUAUUGCUCUCAGGAAGGAGGAGCACUUCCUAUUCCCACUCUUGCCAAAAUGAUAGAUAUUACCUAAAUCCCAAAGCUAGAUAUCUCUGGAUUUUGUAAUUUGUAUAGAUUGCAAAAAAAUGGCCACAACUACUUCCCUUCUCAUCAAGAGGUGCAGUCUGUUUCUCUACCCCUCGAAUCUGGGAUUGGCUGUGUGAUUUGAUUUGGCCAGUGGCCCAAAACAAAUGUAACACAAGCAGAGACCUGAAAAAUUCUUGUGCAUGGGGCCUAUCUUCUCUUGCUGUUCUUGGGAACCUUGCAGGUGCCACUAGGUAAACAAGCCUGGGCUAUCCCCGCUGCAUGAUGAGGAAAAAAGGCCCAAUAGCCCUUACACCCGAACAGUCAAGUCUCAGCUGAUCGCAAACACAGGCGUGAGCCAGCCAAGACUGACAAAAGAACUGCCUAGCUGAGCCCAGCCCAAACUGCUGAUUCCUAUUCAAGGCAUGAGAAGUUGGUGCACCCUUUAAAUGUCUGUUUGUCUUCAAGGAAAAGCUGACUGUUCUUGUCUGGAUGUUCAGCCCUUACUCCCUGACUCCAUCUAACCUUAGGUGUUUCACAGUCUCCACUACCUUUGGCAAACGUUUGCCAAAGCUUUUUUUCAUCCCACGCCAUUAUGGUGGGACACAUGGUUGGAUCAAAUCAACGCAGGACAGUGAUGCUUGGCCUCCCAGUACUGGUCAAUUUUCUAUAUUGGACUAAAAAAUAGUCCAAUAUGAAGUCUUCUUGUUCAACAUCUCCUUGGUCUCCAGAACCACCUGACUGGAGCUGGGCCCUAUUCUCAGAGCACCAUUCCACUGGUAUCCAUUUACUUCAUGGCACUUCUAAAACAGUCCUACGUUUGCAAUGAAAUAAAGAAGUGGCUGGUGAGGAUCAGAAGGAUGAGUUGAUAUCAACUCAUGCUUGGAGACUUGGCUUACCAAAGGACUUUGCAGUGGCUUUGGCCUAAGAGGAACCAGGGACAGUUCAGCCCAGUGCUGGCACUUCCAAGGGCAGGAAGACACAAGCCAUAACCCUGGUGCUGAAUUUUAGACUUGCUGGUGUCCCUGGCCUCUGAGAGUGAGGUCUAGUCUGUUUGGGCCCCAGUUCAGAUGGAAAGGAUGAUUAAACAUCGUCAUUUCUUAGUCACCAGCUUUGGAUUUUAACUUGCUCAGGCAAUUCUGGAGAAUAUUGGGUAGCUUCAGAGGCUAUUCUCUCUUCACACUGAGCACUGUGUCAGGCUUCUCUCCACCAAAGAGCCCCAUAGCACCAGCUGCAGAGACCAGACAUAUUGUUUUUGUUAGCCGAGGGCAUGUAGGAUUUUGGAGAAAGUUAGGGGAGUCAUGGAAAAGAAUUAUUAAAAUUGGAAACCUGCAAUCCCAAAGACAGCAAAACGAUGGACAGACAAUGCAAUCAAAACCAUGAAGAUAACAGGCUCCUGAAAUAACCUGGGGAUAUAGGACCAGGUUGUCCUCUGUAGGGCUUCAUAAAUCACUCCCAGGAGAGAGAACACUGUUGUUUCUGGGUAUGUGGAUAGAGACAAGACUGGCUAGACAAGCAAAGGCAAAGCUGGCCAUUCUCAGCCCUGUGGCUUUUCUCAGUGGGUCUUCUUGUUUCUUCCCCGAGUAGCGUUUCCCACACAGGAAGGGCUUAUACAUAUUAGCUUCCUUCCUAGGUUUUAUUGGGGGUACAAAAUAAGUCCUGUGUAAGAGAUGAUCUCUGUCCAUUGGGACCCUGCAAUUGAAAAGGGGAAAUAAGACAUGCCCAGGAAAGAAGUAGGAGGUUUUAUGCAUAUAAUGUGAAAUACUGCUAUGGAUAAAUUACAACAAACCCAGAGAAUUAAAGUUUUUAAAUUUAAAUGGGUAUAUUUUGAUAUUUAAAUGUUGUGUGUGUGUGUGUGUGUCAGUCCAUUGUAUUUUAAAGAUAAGCUCAGUGUUCUACAAACCAGUAUUAAAAAAUCUGAUUGAAAGAGGUGAAUUAGGAUGGAGAGGGGUAGAAGGCAGAAGGCCCAGUGGGAUGAUGGCAGGAGCUGCUGUUUGCUUGUGAGUCACAGCUGAGUCAGGGAUAUGUCGGGAAAGUGGAUGCAGGUGGCUGGAGGUAUCCCCCAGAACAGCUUCUUUAGGCCAUACAUAGAUUCACUAGGAAGCUGGGGACAUUUGCCAUGGACCUGAUGAUACAUGUGCUGUUCCAUGCAAGCAUGCUCACGGGCGCUCUGCCUCUGCUUGACCAGGGCCUCAGUUCUGCAGCCGUGAGUGCUGCUGGCCACCCUCCAUAACACACAGAAAGUCUGGCACAGGUAAUGGGCGUCUCAUCUCGCUUCACAUGAUCCUCACUUCUGCACCUGGCAUGGGACUGGGGGUAGAAAGGGGCUGCCACUGUAGCCCGCGGCACUCCAUGCUGAAAACACCUGGCCACAUGUCUAAGUAUUUCUAAAUAAUCUGAAAGACAUCAUAUAGGUCAUCUGACUAGACUUUGGGGAGCGUUUGAGAGAAGCUGAAGUUGCAAAUACUAUUGUAAUCCAACCCCGCUUUCUUUAAAGGUGAAGAAAUAAACCAGCAUUGCUGUUAGUGAAGUUACAAAUCUAAUUAGGCUUUUAGAUUUCAAGCCUGAUCCUUUCUGCUGGAUUAGUGUUUCCCCAGAUUGCCUAAGCUACAAAUUACUUGAUUGCUGUUGAAAAUGUAUUGUUGGGCCCUUCCUUGGAGAUUGAUUAGGUGGGUUCAGACGUCUUCUUACUCCCUUGGGGAAGGCAGUGGUGAAGCACCCAGCAGUCUGGCUGUGAUGGUGGGGAUCGGCUUGCCAGGGUCCAGAGGCAGGAGAACUGUGUGAGGCAGAGAGAGAAACUAGGAACACUCCCCAAGAGCCGGUUCUAGAUGUUUCUAAUCCUAGAAUAGUGAUCUGUUGUGACAACCUUAGAUCUGACAACAAGAAUUAUAGGUAAUUUUCUCAUUCCCUUAAUGUCAUUCUGAGCAAAACUUAGAUCAUGAAUAGAAGGAAAUGGAAAAGGGAAAUGGCAAAUCAUUUUUUGAAGCAUUCAAAUUAUCAGCCUGGCUGGUCAACUCCCUCUUCCACCUUAAGACCCAAAGUGGGGUGGGCAAGAAAAAUUAAAUCUGCAUUAUAUACCCUUCCAACAUCAGAUUUAGAUGCUGCCAGAAUCUUGCUAGAGUUCAAAACUGACUUACAGGAUGUAGAGAUCCAAAUUCACCAAAAUAGUACCCUGGGUACUUAAAGUCCUAGAGGAAGAGUGCCUAGUUUUUUUGUUUUUUGUUUUUUGUUUUUUUCCUGCCAGGAUCCUACCUCCUAGUCACCUGGAACGCUGAUCCGUGGAGCUUUAAGUAAGGGGUUUUACUAUCAGAACAGAGAUAAUGUUGUGCUGCUUUAAGCAGUAUCCCGAGUUUUGGCACUGCCUGAGGGUGAUAAGUUUAAUACUAAUGUAUUUGUGUUAUUUUUAUGGUAUAUCACUGUUUACAGAGCACUUUCACAGGCAUUAUAGCCUUUGAUCCUCCCAACACCCUCCUCCCUCUGUCUGUGUAGGGUUCUUCCCAGAUGAUCCUGCAAACCCCCCCCCUCCCCAGGACUGGUAUCUGACUGGUCUGCACCUGGUGCAGAGUCCUGGCCCCCGUGCUCACCCACACACCACCAGUAGUGGGGAGGCUGUGAAGGCUGGCAGUGAGGGCUGCUUCAUGCUGCCCACCCCACUCCUCCACUGCGGCUCUGCACGAAAGCCAGCUUCCCUCAAGGAUGGUUUCUGGUUUCAUUAGCUGUGCUGUGAGGAGAAAAGGCUUGGACAAAAAUAUACUUCAGAUUCCUCUUGAAGAGGAACUUCUGAGCCAAACUACAAAUUCAUCGAAACUCAGAAUUCUAGGGCUUGGGGGCAACCUGCUUAGAAGUGAACUAUCUGGCACCUCCACUGCAUUUGGGGAUUUUAGGCAGAGCUAGGAGGGACUAGAUGUAGAAGGAGGCGAUGCAGCUUUAACACUUAGAAGCUUUGUUAGAGUUUCUUCCUGGGGCUGGACACAAGCUCAUGUCACCCGACCCAUCUCUUCUGGAAAAACCAAAAGAGACACAAAUAACUUUGAUCUUACCUUGGCUUUAAGGAAAAGCCAGCUUAUUAACAAAGCUAUCAGACACUAUCCCAUGAGAAUUUUCCUUUUGGGAAUAUACAAGAGGGGAAUAGAAGGAAAAACAGGACAAGGGGUCAGAAAUCUGUUGCUUGAGAGUCACCUGCCUAGUUAUUUUGUGCCUUGUCUGUGGCAUCAAAACUAAAAUGUUGUAUAACUGUUGCCCAUGAUUUUUUCAGUGUCAAACAUAUAAAGUGAUUUUGCUUGUAAUGUUUUACUCUAAAUAAAGCAUUUCACCUACAUUUGUUACCAAGAGCUCCU